GACACAAUCUUUUUUUAAGGAAUACUAUUGCGCACGGCGAAUGAGGACAUUCACUUAGAACCGGACAACAAACUUUCAGAAGAAAUGGCGCAUCUAUACUUGAGAUAUCUUCUGGCUUUGGCCUUAGUCCAUGUAGUGUUUUCAUCCGGAGUGUUCGAGCUGAAGAUUCAUUCAUUCCACACAGCGCAGCGCAUCUGCAGGAGACACAGGGACUGCCACAUCUUCUUCAGGAUCUGCCUGAAGCACCCGGAGGACGUGAUCUCCGCGGAGCCGCCAUGCACCUUCGGAACCGGACACACGAACGUGAUCAGGGCCGACCACACCUCCAUCUCGAGCAGCGCGCCCAUCAGGGUGCCUUUCCACUUCAAGUGGCCGGGAACUUUUUCGUUGAUCAUUGAAGCUUGGAACGCAGAGUCUCCCACUGAAUACACAGACAACCAGAACAACCUGGUGAGCCGCCUGGCGACCCGGAGGAGGCUGGCCAUCGGGGAGGACUGGUCCCAGGACGUGCACUUCGGCGAGCAGAGCGAGCUGCGCUACUCCUACCACGUCUUCUGCGACGAGUACUACUUCGGAGACGGAUGCGCGGACUACUGCCGGCCGCGGGACGACACGCUGGGACACUACACCUGCGACGAGGAGGGAAACCGCAUCUGCCUGGAGGGCUGGAAGGGAAACUACUGCUCUGAACCCAUCUGCUCGGCGGACUGCAGCGAGAAGCACGGCUACUGCGAGGCCCCGGGGGGCUGUACGUGCCGUAUGGGCUGGCAGGGCCCCUCCUGCAGCGAGUGCGUCCGCUACCCGGGCUGCCUCCACGGGACGUGCAGCCAGCCGUGGCAGUGCAACUGUCAGGAGGGCUGGGGGGGCCUCUUCUGCGACCAGGACCUCAACUACUGCACCAACCACAAGCCCUGCGCCAACGGGGCCACCUGCACCAACACGGGCCAGGGCAGCUACACCUGCACCUGCAGGCCCGGCUUCGGCGGCACCAACUGCGAGCUGGAGACCAACGAGUGCGACAGCAACCCCUGCAAGAACGGAGGCAGCUGCAACGAUCUGGAGAACGACUACUCCUGCACCUGCCCGCAGGGCUUCUACGGCAAGAACUGCGAGAUCAUCGCCAUGACGUGUGCGGACGGCCCCUGCUUCAACGGAGGCACCUGCGUGGAGACGCUGACCGGGGGCUACACCUGCAGGUGCCCCCCCAGCUACACCGGCUCCAACUGCGAGAAGAAGCUGGACCGCUGCAGCAACCGGCCCUGUCUGAACGGCGGCGACUGUCUGGAUCUGGGCCAGAGCAUCCUGUGCCGCUGUCAGCCGGGCUUCACCGGCGCCAACUGUCAGGUCAACGUGGACGACUGCGCCUCCAGCCCGUGCCAGAACGCAGGCACCUGCCAGGACGGCGUGAACGACUACACCUGCUCCUGCACGCUGGGCUACACCGGCAAGAACUGCAGCGUGCGCUCCGACGCCUGCGGCGCCCGCCCCUGCCAGAACGGCGGCACCUGCUUCACCCACUUCACCGGGCCGGUGUGCCAGUGCCCCAAGGGCUUCAUGGGCCCCAGCUGCGAGUUCACGCUCCAGCCCAGCUUCAAGCCCGCCCUGCGCCAGACCUCGCAGCCCUCCUCCGCCGCCACGCUCACCGUCUCCUGCAUCCUGGCCGUCCUGGUGCUGGUUCUGGUGGCGGGCAUCGUCCUCCUGAGGAGGAGGAGGAGGCUGCAGGGGAGGAAGCAGCUGAGCGACAUGGCGGUCUACAACGACCUGGAGACGGUCAACAACCUGGGAGGGAGCGAGAGGGACGCCUUCCUGGGGCCCAGCGGCCUCUUCAAGAUCAGCAACAGCGCGCCGCGGCUGUCCCUGUGCGUGGACGGCCGGCCCGGGUACCGGCACAACCCGGCGGAGGGCGGCGGCCUGGGCCGGGCCGAGCGGCAGGACUUCCUGUGGAGGGACGAGGCCGGCCUGGGCUCCACGGCCGGGAUGAGAUGAAACUGCGAGUUCAGACAGGGAAAGGAAAUGUCGUAGCACUUGCUGCUCCGCUCUCCUCAUGGACGUGAGGAGAAAAGGAGCAAAUCCGUCGUCUGCAGCGUCUGCUGCACAUUUAAAACAAAAACAGUAAAUGUUCAGUGUAAAAAAAAAAAAAAAAGAAAAAGAAAAAAAAGAGCAAAACUUCAAAAUGGAACUGAUGUGAUGUGGAUGAUUUACAAAGAUUAUUGAGAAAGUGUAAAGGGCAAAGCUCUUCCAUGUGUAAGACCCAAAGAGACAAAUAGUGUGAGCCACAGUUCAUAGGACCUACAACUCCAACCAAAUACAGGAAGACAAACACUGAGCAUAUCUGGAAAGAAAAACCUGCCCAAACUUUAUUUUUCCUGGGUUGAUCUCUUUAAGUUGUUCACUUUGUUUCUUUAUUUUGAAUUUUGUUUUGCUUUUCAAUCUUCCUUUGGCCAUUAUUUCCUUAUUGUGCGUACCAUCAUUUUCUUUUUAUCCUUUAUAUUAUUAUUUAUUUAUUUGCGGACGUGUGUUCAUGGUUUCACUUUGUCACAGAGGUAGAGAUAUAUUUAUAUGAUGCUGAAUGAGGACCGACGCUGGAUGCUGUCACUGGAUGUUCUUCUGUGUGAAAUAUCCCAAAGACGGGGCGCUGCGCAGGAGGGAUAUGAGGAAAAUGUGCUUUAUCACACAAAGUCAGUCGUUGAUGGAAUUUCUAUUUAUAUAUAAAUCUGAAUAUAUAUGAGAUGUGCUACUGAUCACGUUGCUCUUUCACGUGCCAUUUUUUUGUGUUCAUGCCAAAGUUUGUGUUUC